CCGGGAACGUGGUGUCGGCCGUGACCGUUCCAUUCGGCGAUUGUCUUCGGAAUGUUCCGCAAGAGUUCGAAGCGGAAUUUCCGCCGCAGGAAGAGCGAGUCGAGCGAGGAGGAGAAUGAACGAGCGCCCGGGCAGCGGACGGCCGUGUGCGCGGCUGCACCGCGCCGCCACCGCAACCGGGGGCUCGCCUGCACCUCCAAAUCUACUCCAGCUCCCGGCAGCCCUGCGAGGGCCUAUUGCACCAGCCCCAGCUCGGCCUCGGACAGUGGUACCGAGGAAGCUGCAGAGACGGGAGUCGAAUUUAAAACGAGUGCCGGGAAAGAGGCUGAAAGAGGCACCAGUGGUACUCGCGUCCGCGACAAGAGUCUGCUUAGCUUUGCCUGUGACAGAGAAGCGGGUGAAGAAGAAUUUAAGGUGAAGAAGACUGGAAACACCAUUUUGUUUGCACCACACUGGAAGAAAGAAAAGCAGAGUAACAUUGAAAAAGAUGAAAUUAUUGCAAAAGUGGAUGAGAAAGCUCUGCAAGACUUUGUACCAACAAAGAUUCAAAAAGGCAACUCUCUGGAAGAGGAAACAAUGGAUGUACAUACAGAAAGUGGAGAAGAGAUCAUUUCAGAAGUUGAUGAAUCUGAUACUUUCGGAGUUGCCCAAUAUAAAAUGCAAUCAGAUGAGAUACCAGAUGCUAGUUACAUUAAGGCUGCCCGUAGAAAGCGGCAGAUGGCCAGAGCCCAAGCUGACUUCAUUCCCCUUCACUCAUUAACAAGAGAUGAUACUACAGUCCCUGAUGAAGAAUUUCCAGUUAGCGAUGAUGAUCUUGAUGAUCAUGAGAAGCGAAUAGACUUCACCAAAGCACUAAGAACGCAAAGACAGAAAAUGGCAGAGGAAACUGGACUAAAUGAAAGUGACAACGAGAGUUUAAAAAGUGGAGAGGAUGAUGAUGAUCAGAAAUUAUGGGAGCAGCAACAAAUCAAAAGAGUAAAAGUGUUUUCGCCACAGUUUACUGAGCCAGUUAGCCGGCCAAAUACACUCAUUGUGAAUAAGAUGUUGGACAACCUGAAGAAACUUCCACCAGUCAACUUGGAAACUGUCAAAAAGCGAUUAAUCAAUAGAUUGGAAUCCUUGCAAGAAGUUCACCGCUCCCAUCAUUGUGAACAGGAAAAGAUCCAAGAAUCUGCUGAGAGUUCACGAUGCACAAUUGAACAUUUGGAAGCAGUUUCUGACUCAGGUCUUCGUUACCGGUUUUAUCAAGAAAUGCGAACCUAUGUUAAAAAUCUCAUCAACUGCUUCAAUGAAAAGAUACAUCUCAUCAACGAACUGGAAUCUGAAAUGCAUCAGUUACUGCGGGAGCAGGCAAGAAAACUUUUGCAACGCAGACAGGAUGAUGUUCAAGAUGAAUCAUCUGAUAUUUGGCAGUUUUCAAACAAAGCUGACAUCAGCAGUUGGAGCAACAAAGACAGUGUCAAAAAAAAACAACAGCGUAUUCAAAAACGAGAAGAAAGGAGGGCUCAUAGGGAACACUUAAGGAAGAUGGCAGGCAAGGAAGCAGACCAUCACAAAGGAAUGUCCAGUGAUGAUGAAGUAUCUCCGUCUGAUAUAUCUGAGUUCCACGCCAAAGAAGAUCACAUUCUGAAGGAAUCCAGGAAGAUUUUUGAAGAUGUACAUGAGGACUUCUACAGUGUUGACAGAAUUUUUGCCAAGUUUAGGCUGUGGCGGGAGAAAUUUCCUGAUUCAUAUUAUGAGGCUUAUAUUGGACUCUGCCUUCAAAAAAUCCUGAAUCCUUUAAUCCGUAUGCAACUGAUUGGCUGGAAUCCUCUUAAACAUGAUUACUCAUACUUGUCACAAAUGCCGUGGAUUUCAGCUCUGGAGGAGUACUGUCAUGUGGAAGAUGAAGAACUCAAGAAAAAGGACAAGUCUGAUGCAGCAUUACUUCUGACAGUAAUAGAGAAAACAGUCAUUUCUAAAUUGACAGGUUUUGUAAUUCAUGUGUGGGAUCCUUUGUCAUCCUCACAAACACGGUGUUUAGUACAAGUCUGCAGAAAACUGAAAGAUGAAUAUGAUGUGUUUGAAGAUGAACAAAGCAAAGCCAUGCAGGCUCUGAGAAAAAGUAUUGUCAUGAGAAUAACCAUGUCUGUAGAAGAAGACAUUUUCAUUCCUCUGUAUCCAAAAAGUGUUUUGGAAGAUCGAACAUCAAUCCAUUCUCAGUUUCAGGAAAGACAGUUCUGGUCAGCUGUGAAGCUGUUGGGUAAUAUUAUGCAGUGGGAUGGCUUGUUACCAGAACAGAUUCUACAGGACUUGGGUCUGGACAAACUACUCAAUCGCUACAUUUUAUUAAUCCUUCAAACUUCUCCACCUGAUCCAGAAAAUAUAGAAAAAUGUGAAAAGAUAAUAGCUUGCUUUCCCAAGUGUUGGUUUGAAAAUCUGCAGAGACGGAGUAGCAUUCCCCAAUUGGAAAAUCUGUGUAAAUUUCUGCUGCAGUCUAUACGUAGAAUAUAUGAAAAUGGUGCAACAACGCAAGAUACGGAUAACAUUGGAAGAGAAUCAAUAGAAGAAAUGCUGAAGAUGUUAGUCCUGAUCCAUGCCCUGGAACAAACGGACGACCAUCAUCAAUGAGUGUAAAUUAGAAGACUGGAAUGGAUUUUCCAAGGAAACUGAAAUGAACUCCUUGCCCACACAUUCCUCAAAGAUGAUACAUGAACAACUUUUUCCCUCAUUGCAUUGAUGUACUCUUUAGUCAACCAUGGUUCUUGGUGUCCUUUAAUAAUUAAAUCCCAUGUUUUUCAGUCUGAUUUUGACCCAUUUUAAUUUCCCAUGGCAUAAGUCUUUUGUAUAAUGUUAGAGCAGUCAGUUAUUUUAAUAGUUGAAUAAAACCACUGUCACACUGGUUAAUGUUCAAAUUCUAUAAUAUAGAAGUCAGGAUAAAUCCAAACAACCUAGACUUAAAGGUUCUCCUCAAAAACCUAAAGUACAUCAGCAUUUAUAAACAUCAAGUUUAAACAUCUCAUGCUUCAAUCUGUCAAGCAGAACACCAAUAGGGGAAAUUGCCAACCAUUUCAAACAGGACAAUUCGUUUUUGUCAGUGUUGGAUCACUUGUAACCAAUGUCUAAAUUCUGAUUCUAAUAUUUAAACAUGUAAAAUAAUCAGACUUGCUAAGAUGUCUUUUGAGUAGCCAAGUUUUGGAUUAUCUUUUUGUAAAAUAAACUUGUUAGACACAUCACUGUUGAAUAAAUGAUUUUU